AUGUCACUUGCAAAAUGUAUGGUCAUCUUCAAGCAGCCAUUUAGCUACGAAGAAAAAACAGAUCGACCAAUCAUAGGUAAUUAAACAGUGCGGAUAUAGUCUGUGGGGGCGGGUGUUCAACUAAGCCGGUUUAUACGGAAUGGCUUCGCGCUAUGGUCCAACCCUUUACGCUACAGUUUUUGACAGAAAAGGGCCCCUUAUGUAUACCUUCUACUAAAAAAAUAAGUCUCCUUUUACAAAACUUAUGCGAACAUUGACUGAUACGUUUUUAUAUAGCGGGAAAUUUUUUCACAACAGCGCGCGCUCUCAUUGGUUACUUGGAGGUCACAUGACAUCUAACAAUGAAACUGUUUCCCAACAAAAUCUCUGAGAGGGCAAGAUUGCAAAAUCUAUGAGGUCAGAGGGUAACAGUGCACUGUUACCCAAGAAUGUUGUUGUAAUGUUGUUACAGCGAGGUUAAAUGAAUUUCCAGCUUUAAAAUUGCCAGCUGUAUAACAAAUCUCUUAAAGACUGGUCCCAAGGGAAACAGUUAAUUUUGCUUCCCGAGAAUGUUUGCCAGGCGGAGCGGCUUCUGGGCAGUACUUUCCUAUCAACCUGUUUAGGAGCCCAUGACCUGGAGCGUGCAACUCCCAUACUUAGCGUACGCAACAGCGUUUUCACAGAUCGAGUUAUUUUUAGCAUCAUUUUGGAGCAAUUUUCCCCGCGAAAAUGGAACCUUCGUUUCUUAUACUUGGGCAUCUAUAGUACGAUAAUUAUAUCAAGGCACCAGAAAUACUAUAUUCUAGGUCUCCCAUUUUUGAUGACUGAAUUGUAAAACUUAUUCCAUAGUCAAAAUUGGCGGGAAAAUCGAUCCAAAAAUAAACUGGUCUAUGAAAUACUGUUGAUGGGCACAAUCGAGUUGCUCGCUCCAAGUAAUGGGGUCCUGCCUGUUAUAUUAUACCUCUUACAAUACACAAAGCUUAUACCCCAUUCACACCAACUAAACAUGUUUAACCAAACACAGUUUAGAUAAACACUGGUUUAACUAAACGUGUUUUACUAAAAAACCGUUCACAUCGAAGCAGUUUAGUUUCGCGCGAAAGUUAAACUACCUCCUACAGGUUGUUUAGUGAAACAUGUUUAGAUUGCUUCAGCGUGCGGUGUGAACUGUUUUUAUUUUAAACUGAGUUUAACAAAACAUUAUUUAAACAUGUUUAAGCGUUGGUGUGAACGGGGUAUUAGUCAGUUCGCAGAUACGAAGAAGUAGCGGUUUCGUUAAUUUAACACUCUCCACAGGAAGAGUUUAUCAACUGAUUUACUUAGAGAAACCCGUCCUGAUAAAUUCUAGGAAGUUCAGUAGAGUAAGAAUGGUAUAGUAUAUCAUUGUGAAGAGGACAAUGCAUUUUUUGCCUAAUCCAAGUUACAGCAGGAAAGUGAGGCUGAUUUCUUAAUCAGCGUCCAGAACGUUUAUUUCUUUGUCAAUCCUAAAGGAAACGCGCUUACUGUAGGUUAAAUCAAGGAGAUGUUGGUUUGGGUGGUGAUCGUAAUAACACGUGAAUAAGCACGUGACCAUUCAAGUCUCUUACAACCCCUCUAAAAUCCUACGAAAAGGUAUUUUUGGAUAUAUAUGGCGGUACUUUUAAAGUGCUUUCGCUCACUACGUAUGUCAAAGCAACCGUGCGAUAGCGAUGAGUAAAAGUUCUUUUAGCAAGCUACUAACUUAACUUUAAUCAUGAGUAAUUUAAGGUAAUUUCAUAACAACUCUCCGAAAUGUUAUUCUUUCCUUUACUCCGUCUAUUCAAAGGUGUUUUGACUCAAGAAACAGAUGGGCACGUGACAAAAUUUGGAACUCAGUACGUUGCGGCUUCUUACGUGAAAUUCAUUGAGUCUGCUGGAGGUCGGAUGGUCCCGGUUCUGUAUCCUUUUAUUUCGGUGAAUACGUUUUUGAAGCUGAUUUGAAAGACUCGUUAUGUACAUCGGUGUCAUUAAGGUUAUUCCUUAGUACUGCAUUGCGCAUCCUUCCUGUGCACAAUUUCACGCGUGAUAAGCGGGCGCACAUAAAAACAUAACGGCUUUUCCCUUGAGGCUUGAGAUUCUCAGAUGGGUAAAUCUUCAUUUUCUCUAAACGAGUAUACUGACCUAUCAAUUUUUUCUCUUCCUUUAAAAUGAGCGGUAACUGUCGUUCUCGAGAAUAAAUUAGACUAAUUUCCAGUGCAGAAAAAGAAAAAGUCGUAGGAAGCAUUUUCAAAGCAUGUGACUCGUAAUCAUAAUCAUAUUGGUAUUUUAAGGAAGAGACCCUUCCAAGGUGUUUUUCACCUUCUGACAUAGACCAGGGGAAAAUCCGUCGAUACUACUGGAAGGAGCCACUGAAGAGCGCCUUAAAAUUAGUAAAACUACCAAGUUUGAAAGUGAUUUGUUGAAAACUAACGACGAUAUGGCUCCUAAAAGUCACGAAAUUUUACAGAUGUUUGUAUGGAGGGUGGGGGGGAGGGGGCACAAACUUGCCCCCACCAUAAAACGUCCGUAAAUGUUCGCAAAUUUGCAGAGCUAUAUCUUCACUCGCUUAAGACGUAUUACUUCCAAAUUUUGCAUAGCUUACCAAUUUCUAAGGCCCUUGUUCUAGCGGAGUCGGCGGAUUUUCCCUGACUGAUCCAUCAGUUAAAAGCUCUGAAAAAAUACGUGCAAGGGUCUAUGAUAGCAUGUAUACAAAUUGCUGCUGCUUCUAUACUAGUAUGGGGACCCCCAAAUUUCAUUUCAAAAUUUACGUUUCUAUAAUAAACAACCAAUUAAUCGGUAAAGUUUGACAAAAAUCUCACUGCAGGUUCUAUUUCAGAGUAAUGACCUUAAAGCCCUCUUAGCACUUAAAGUUAACUCAUAGUGAAUCCGCUUCGGGUAGUUUUAGUUCCGGUUUAGAUUCCACUUGAAAGCUUAGAUAAUAGAGACCGAAUAUAGACCUUUAGAUUCGAGACCUUUAGUUCCAAGAAAACUAAUAACUCUUUAUUUGAAAUUACUGACAUUAAACAUAACAAGUACAAUGAAUGUUUGUUGUAAACAGUUGCUAUCUUAACACAAUUCUAACUACAGCGUUAACUCAACUUCAGAGCAGAUUGAGAAAAUGUUCAAUUCCAUAAAUGGGUAAGCAUACGCAAAUUUAAGCUUUCUGCAUGUCAAUAUAGUAACAUAUUGCCACUAGCUACAAUACACAUAAAUAUACAAUGCGAUAUGGAGGGGUGAAAAUUAAAUGGUCGCUGACCACAGGUGUCUUCAAUGCAUCCACAUGCAUUGAAGGCAGUGCACAGCGUCUUGCCUUGGGGUUGGGAGGGCGGGUAGCUGACCGCCCUCUGAGAUGUUAUUUGACAAAUACACAUAAUAGGAAGAAUGGUGCUAAUAUAUACAACGCUAGGAAUUGUGGGUUAUCUAUUGUUAUGAAAAUAUUCUUGCUUUAAUUUCCGGUAUUGAGAAUAGUUAGAAAUUUUAAAUAAUCUUAUAAAAAUGGCCGUCAGUUUGAAAAUGAACCUCGUCAAAGUAGCAGUUUACAAGCCACGGCCAAAAUUUUGGAUUUACUCUCGUAACCUGCUCAAGUUGAGUAUCCACAUGAGUUCUUCCUAACAGUACGAGUAUCACGGCAGUCUUCAGAGCACGGAAUUGAUCGCUGGUGUGUGGUGUGAAUGGGGAGACUCCUACCGCUAAGAAAAGAUUAUUUAUCAAUCCAUAUUUUCCCUUCAGGGUAAUUUUUCCGGGCGGUCAUAGGCUAACAAACACAAAUUAUACAAGAGUUGGAAAACAAAUAUUCGAUCUGGCCCUAAAGGUGAGCUUUUCUUUCUUUUUUUUGUCGGUAUUUCCAAGAGAUGUUAGGUCUUUUCCACUGAUGUGAUCUGGAACACCAUUGGCCGCCAUUUACAUGCUUGCCGUAAUGUUCGCACCACUAAAAAUCGAGUCCAACAAACGUGGAAUGUCUGCGAUCGCUGACUGAUAAAUGAAAUUAUCAUUCGAUGCAAAUUUUUCUUAAUUUUCAUUGGCCGAGAACCCAUCACGUGACCUAAAAAUCUGGAAAUAACUGCCUGAAAAUAAUGGUCUGUUUAUGCACAAUAUCGUCCAACGGCGUUUGGCUGCAAAUAUUCUGCUCAUGUAUAAAUGAAACCACGCCUUUCUUCUUAUUGUGUUCGCUCUUGCGUGAAAAUGGCAGAUAUUCAUUAAAAAACAAACUUGGUGAUUUACUGAUAAAGCAAUUAUUGAACUCGGUUGUCUCGCAGAUAAAUUAUUUGCUCCGCUCGCCACUGACAAAUCACGAUAUUUUGCUCAACCUCGCCCAAUAAUUGUUAAUUAUUCGUAUGUCUGCAAUCGUCUAAAUACUUCCAACGUAGACACCUUCCAGUCGUGUCGAAGAGCUCCGCAGAGAGAUUCAAGCUUAAUCGUGCAAAUGAUAAAGAGCUGUUGUUGUUGUUGAGGACGAUAAUGAGGAUAAAUACCUUUACAGUAAAGAUUAGAAAUUAUGAGGCCACGUACUGUUUUUUCAGAUUUUUGUUUGUUUGCUUGUUUGUGUUUUGGCUCCUUCAUCUUUUUAUAUAUUUUUUAACAUCUUAUUAAAAGCUUAAUCAAAGACCCCUUACACUUUUUACAGGCUUUUGAUAACGGUGAUGUGUUUCCAAUAUGGGCAGAAUGUCUUGGCUUUGAGCUGGUCUCAAUGUUGGCAGCUAAACGAGAUUUGAGCUCUGGGAUUGUUGACCGCAAGUUUUUUACCAAAGUUGAUGCCCAGAACAUUAGCCUUCCUCUUCAUAUUCCUAAAGGUUUAGUUAUUUAUUUAUUUAUUUAUUUAUUCCAUUUCUUUUUGUUUGCAUUUAGAAGCCUAGAAAAUAAAACUCUCCUUCAACUAGGCGUGGACUUUUAUGAUAUUCCAUCCUCGUGAAAUAAAACAUUCACUCGGAAACACCCUAACUGUCGGGAAAUUUAUAUUGUUUUAUUAUCAUUUUGCCAUACACACAAAAUAUACAUUUAAAAUUCAAAAAAGGAUAAGGCAAGGGAGCGCAAGGAAGCCAAUAAGCCUUGUGUAAAUUUUGGGGUAUUUCAAAAAGAAUUUCUCCGAAACUAUUUGGUAUAUGGGACUCAGAUUCUCUGAGAUAACUGAAAUUGUUAUGAUCUUUCAAUAUUUAAAGGUUUUAUUUUAUUAGCUUCAUCAGAUAAUGAUAAGCCUAUGAUUAUGAGACAAUAAAUGUAAAAAAGGAUUCGCCUAUAGCAUUAGCCAGCCUUGAUCAGAUUAGCGCUCUACUUGGUAAGGCAGUACGCACCUUUCUUUUUAACUCGUGUCAUCGAUAAUUGAUCAUAGUUCGCACUCUGCCUCCUCCACUCCCCCCGCUCUUGGGAAUUCGCCCUCAUCUUCGACUCCUCUCCAUCUUAUUCUCUCUAAAAGCCUGUAGCUACAAAAUGAACUGUGGUUAGUCUAUCAUAAAACAGGACCUUUAUUAUACCUUGGGGGUGGGUCUUGUUAGGGGGUCUCCCUAGCCUCUUACCACGGACGCGUUUUCCGCUUUUAAACCAAAUUUUACUUGCUCUGCUUCAGAUAAAGAGAUACAGAUACAGAGAAACUUUUCUUAUCCACAGAGCGUGUGAUGCCACAAGAAAAAAAGUACUUUCUCAAAACGUAGCUUGCCUGUUUGCUCAAUUUACAACUAUAUGUUCAAUAGAUUACAAAAACACGGCUUUGUGGAAGCAUGCCCCGUCCAAUAUCGUGGAUUACUUGGGUAGAAACUCGGUGACGUACCAUAACCACAGAUUCGCUAUCACACCUCAGGUCAGUCAUAGAUACUUGUAAUAAGCACCAUACACAACAUAAGUGGGUGGAAUUAAUUGUGGGGAUGAAUAAAGACCUCCAUCAGGAGGGUGUGUUGACAUGACUGAUGUGUCGACCAACUCUUUUUGGUAGUCACUUCAGGGUAAAAGUAUCCAGUUUCACAUCAAGUGAUGGUACCCCAAACACGUUUGGUACACGUUAACUCUUGGUGCCCGUGCAAAGUGCCUGAGCAUGGUUCUCGUUAGGCAAUAUUGUGAACACACUCUUUUUUCAAUUGUCCGGUACCCAAGGUGUGAACACAAAACAAGAGAAAGAUUGUUAUCGCUUUUGUCAUAGCAACUUGAUUAAGUCAUUACCUUGUUCUCAGUUUUUCUUGGGCUGAGAGGUUUUUUUUUAGAGUUAUUCAUGUUUCCAAUCAAACUGUCCUCCUCUAAUUAUUUAUUCAUGUCUUUGUUAUUGCAGACUUACCGCAAAACGAAACAUUUACAGGACUUUUUCAAAGUAGUUUCCACAAGUAAAGAUAGAAAGGGAGUAGAGUUCAUUUCAAACAUGGAAGGUAACUUUGAAUACUGAUACGUGACGACGAAAAGAUUGUGGAAUUAACCCUCUUUUUAACUCGUCUGUUUGUCUUGAUUGUCAAUGCCUUUCAGGUAAGAGGUACCCAAUCUACCUCUUUCAUUGGCAUCCUUCGAAAGCGCAGUAUGAAUUGCGUACAGAUCUGGACAUCAAACAUUCAUUUAGACUUAUCCUUGCGGCGCAAUACCUGGCGGAUUUCUUUAUCAGACAAGGUAAUAAUAAUUAAUACGGUCGAAUCUCCAUGUGUAGGACAGGAGAGUGAUCGCUUAAGGGUUGUAUGACUGUAACCUGAGAUCAGGCCCAAUUUGAGCGGGUCUCAUACAUUUUCUCUAACGGCUACCGCUGAAAUUGGGCCUGAUACAAACUAUUACAAGUUUGUGCUCGUUACGGCCAGAUUUUGGCCGUAACGCUGAUUGGCUGUUAGAACAAUGCCACAAGAUCUGAUUGGCUGUCGGAAACGCCGGAAGUUGAAAACGCUUAUUCCUCGCGUGGUUGUUUUCGUGAAUGAUCCGUCGUCGGUGGAGAGAAGGAUCGAUUUUGCUGUCUUUUUAUUGUUUUAUGGUCUUAUGGUAGGAAAAUAUGCCUUAAUAUGUGCCAUGGAAAUUCAGAAAAUUCAUGUGGUUGUUCAUAUCUUCUCAGGAUUUGCUUUAUUUACGGAAAGUGAGUGUAUCGCGGAGUUGAAUCCCUCUGCAAGUUGUUGACCGCUAACAAGGUGCAUUUUGAUUAACAGAUAAAAGCUAUUUUUUAAGUCAGCCAGUAUGCAGUUUUCCCACGCGUGAAAAAUUUGCAUACUAGAAAAACAAGCAGCGGAGGUAAUUCUGAUUGGUUGAUUCGGCAAAUGUCAAUCAAUCAAAAAAGUGGGCGGCAGACAUUUCGUUAAAGGUUUGUAUCAGGCUCUCUUUCCGUUUCGUCUUGCCCGCCGGAAUGUAAUUUUCAAAGCGAAACGAAAAUAGAGCCUGAUCUCAGGUUAGUGUGACUGAAGCUCUUAUUUAUUCGGGAGUUGAACGUCCUCUGGUAUAGGAACUUUAAACCCGCUGAAUAUCAUCGAUCAAGGUUCACAAAAAGUUUGAUUCAAUAUUGGGAAAAUAUUGAGGUGAUAGAUUCUUGAGCAUGAUCGAUUUGACUUCUGCGUCGAGCUAACCAUCUACGAUGUUUGCCCAAAUUUCACAAGAAAAACCAGCAACUUUUUCACAUGUUUCAUUCUGAUGCACGAGUCCAAGCUGUGGACAUGUGUAAAGUGCUAGCCAUACCGCAGGAUUGGCGUUCGAGUGCCACUUCCUUCCUGUUUUCACCUUUCGUGUAGUGUAUAUUUCACACAGUAGUAUAUCUUUAACAAUGUUAAUUGUUCGUGAUCUUCUUUUAUUAUACAGCUAUUUCGAAAAAGGUUGUCGGAAAAAAGUGCACUUGACAAUCCCGAAAAGUUUUGUGGGUGGUUUUGAAGUUCACUGUUCUUCAAAGAAAUUUGAAAAAAUGGCACCAGAGGCCAUGGACGUAUGUUUGCAAGUGCUAAAGGAAAGCAACAAAAGGGGGUUCGACAGCUAAAGUGUCAGGAACAUUGUAUUGAUCAUAUCCCAUUUUACCUUUCGGGAUUGUCGCGUGCACAUUUUUCCGACAACCUUUCUCGAAACAGCUGUAUGGCUACAAUAGUCGCUCUGAUUGGCUGUUUUCUUGUAAUGACCGGGCAUUACUAGCUAAGUGUCCAAAGAAUAUAUAAUCUGUGUUUAAAAAUUGACAGCUGUCAAAAAGAUAUCCGCUGACCAGUGUCACCUGACUGUAUCGCGGACUCAAGUGUACAACUCACUAAAGUGACGUGUUUUUAAAAAGUUACCCCUGGCCAGUUGUUGGUUUUAAUUGAUCGCAGGCUUUAGAGUCUUGAUUUACGUAGUUAUAUAAUUCUUAGUUUUUAUCCAUCGACAUUGUACAUAGUUUUUGCAUUUUUCUGAUAGUUGUUCUGUUAUAGUUAUUUUUUUCCUUUAAUUGUUAAUUUUUUAGUUGCCCAGGGCACCCAUUUAUAACAGCUUCAGCUAACGGGUUUAUCCUGGUUAAAUAUGUUAUUAUUAUUAUUAUCAUUAUUAUUAUUAUUAGGUCCAUAAUUAAAAGGCCAUAUAACAAAUAACUUAUUAACCUCGUCCGUUCGGUCAUUACAGGGAAAUCUUGGUACUCGGCCUUCCACGGUCUGAAAUUUCCCUGUAAUGAACUCACUCUCGCUUAAUAAGUAGUAUAUAUUUCACACAGUGGUAUAUCUUAACAAUGUUAAUUGUUCGCGAUCUGCUUUUAACCCUUUUCCCCAUAAACAUCUUUGAGUUUUAGAGGAAGAGACCCUUCCUGCUUUCCUGUGAGCCGCCCCAUGUAACGUAAGCUAAUGUAAUCCGGACCCGGAAUGCAGGAAAUUUUAUUUCUGGUGGAAUCCGCAAACCUCGGCUUUUGAAUCCUGAAUUCAGCUCAAGGAAUCUGGAAUUCCGCUAUUUCUAACGAUUGGAAUCCGAAAUCAAAGUUAGUGUAGGUAAUAGCAUGAUUUGUAGUGAUAUUUGGCAUAAAUACCACGAGUGAUAUUUCGAAAUGGUUAUACUCGAAAUUUGAGACAAUUUUGAAAUAUCACGAGGGGUACAUAUGCCAAAUAUCAAGUACAAACAUGCUGUUAUUUGUUUAUACUAUUACCCAAAAAAGGUUUGUAAUUUUCACAUGUAGGUAUUUCAAAUUAAGCUGAAAUACCACUGCUCUAAGCCAAUCAAAUUGCAGAAAUUUCUCAUGUAGUAGUAUAACACAAGGAAUCCAGAAUCCAUUACCUGGAAUCCGGAAUCCACAGCGUGGAUUCCAGAAUCUAAGGCUGUCUUGGAUCACCUUACAUGCUGUGAAGUAAACGAGGGCAUUAACUAAAUAAGCCACAAUUGUUUUACCCACAGCAAGGCGCAGUAGUCACCAGUUUUCCAGUGAGGAGGAGGAGAGAGCUGCUUUGAUUUAUAACUACAAAAUGGCUUAUGUUGAAAAAUUGCUGCCUGUUAGUCAAGCUUACUUUUUUUGAAGUUGUCAAUUAAAAGUCAUUUCACGGUUUAAACCAAGGAAUUGUAAUACCGGCGAAUUUUAAUUUAGUAUUGUUGGUAGGCUGUUCUAGGCUCCCGAGAUAGUAUGGACGUCGCGAAAACAAGGCCAGGUCUAGCUAAAAUAAGACGCACGUGAUCUGGGAAAAGAGGACGGUGGUAGAGAAAAGGAGAAACUAAGGAGUAAAUCUGAGGCAAAGAUGGUAAAUACCAUAUUUAAUUUACAUACCAAAAAACACGGGUUGUUAAGAAGGCAAAUGUGGCCGUUACCAUCUUUGCCCCAGAUUUACUCCACAGUUUUCAUAACUUUGCGACUUAUUUGGCGAGGGCAAACUUUUCGUCCAGUGCUCCAACGGUGGACCUAACUACGGGACAAAAUCCAGGUGUAGUCAUAACAGAGGUACCAUGAGACCCUGUCUAUCUAGUUUAGAAUCUUUGAAAGCAAAAAAAGGACAGCAAAAAACCGCGACUAAGAUUGCGAACCUGCAUUUCCUCAAGUUAGCCUAAACAGGUUCUCACAUAAAUGGUAAUUAGUAGGUACUUUAAUAGGUUCUUAAUUUGUGAAGAAAAACUACAUUGAAGCUAAGAGAAUCUAGUGGCAUAUUCAGCUUAAACCCUUUAUAAAGUCUGCAUACCAUUACAUUUGCAGUUGGAGUGAUCACCUAUGUCUUUAAAGAGGAUUCUGAAUUUGACUUAUCUUGUUUGCCCAAGUAUACAGAAUUUUGUUUAUAGAGCAAGAACCUGUUUCAAAUUUUAGGCUAAAAAGGUUCCUGUAUGGAGGGGGUCUAACUUAGCCUAAGGGGUCCUUAAAAACUAGGCCCCGGUUGCUCAAACGUUGGAUAGUGCUAUCCACCGUAUAAAUCACUAUCCAGCAGGCAGGGUAUAUUUUAGGAAAACCGAUUAGGUUAUCCAUUGGAUAGAGAUUCAUCCAGUGGAUAGCGUUAUCCACCUUUCGAAUAACUGGGGCCAGGUUUCUAGUGCCGGGUUUUAACUGUUAUCUAUUUAUUACCCAAAAGACACAGGUUCAAUGGUUCUUUGUCAGGCGUCGAACGUAAUUAGUCGAACUCGAUUCAUUUUAACGAUGUACAGUCUACUAUAAUGCUUACCAGUAUAAAUAAAUUAUCAUUAAUAGUAAUUUAUGCAUUAGAUUCGGCACAUGAAAAGUUCGACGUUUGUAACUGACGAAUCGCUCCACAGUCUAAAUUCCCACGAGGACCAUUCGAAAUUAAUUCACAUGGAUCGACCCAAAUAAGAUAUGUCGGACUUAACUGAUUCAAACGUCGAUCUUUUCAUCUACUUAGUUGAAAGGAUAAGGUUCGGUACAUGAAAAGCUCGUCAUUUGAGACCUGAGCCCAAAAAUAAAGACAAUGAUUUUACUGAGUGCAGCCUGUCUCCAUUCAUUUAACUCUGCUUGUUUCAGUUUAAAAUCAACGUACGUUUUUCCACGGCAAAUUUUGGUUACCUGGACGGUAAUUCUACUUUCAUGCUAGUUUUAAGUCGCUUUAAUCUUAGCUUUAAAAGCGUUAACUUAGUCCCACAAUAAGGUUUAUUAAAAUAGUCAAAGAGCGCUAACAGAGCACCUGCUAAACGCUUUUGACGGUUUAAUGGGUGGUCUUGGUGGGGCGGUCUUGACUACAAAGCGUAAAUUUACUGAAAAAAGUUCGCAGCGGCGAAACCAAGUCUACUGCUAUCCUGAAGGCAAUGAAACACUUGCUUAGUAGCCUGAUUCUCGUCUCAUUAUUGCCUUCCCUAGGCGAAUGUCGUGGCGGGAAAAGUUUAGAACGUCACGAUAUAGCAAUCAAUUACGUGAAUUUGGUUGAAAAUCAGUUUCGUAGGUUAGAAUCCUUUAUCCUGAGUACAUUACAAGUCUCCGAGCUAGCCGAUUGCGUAUUCCAUUGCUUGGUAAAUGAAGGUUGUUUUUCAUUGAACUUUGGCCGGGAGGCUGCAGGAAGUGAUAAAAGACAUCCAUGCGAGUUACUCAGUGGUGAUAUUUUCAGAGAAGCAGACAACCUUGUAGCUCAGUCGGAUUUUCAUCAUUAUAGCAUCAAGGUACAUGUGGCUUGUUUUGUAUUUCUUGCGAGUACCUUAUGGACAUUGAAAUCUGCUCAUAUUUAAGAUAAGAGAUUUUCAUCGCUAUACUAAAAUGACUUAUUCCUCUUCGAGUUCAAGGAUGGCGAAAUAUUAGUACUUAGUGAGGAGGCUGGAAAGUCUACUUUUCAAUUUAUAUUACGUUUUAUCAUUUAGCCAUUCGUUUGAGAGUCAUAAAAACAUUUUAAUUAUUUAAUUUAUUUUUUUGCUUGAAACUUUGAGCAGUUCAGCUGUCAUUUCCGAAGUGCGUAUAUUAAAACAGCAGUAGUUAUUCAUAAAUAGUAGUUAAGAACCUUUAUUUUUGUGUGGAUGUGUUUAGCAUGAACCUACACAACUAAAAGGCUAAAAUGCUAAAACAGAGUGAAUAUUUAAAAUACUAAAUGAAAUAAAGCAAUAUACUUCUAGUUUUAUUAACUUUUCGUGAUUGCAAUUGCAGACACCAUGCAUGGAGCACCCCUGUCAAAAUGGAGCAACGUGUUUACCUCUUUACGAACGAGAUGAGUACACUUGCGUUUGUGUCCCUGAAUACACUGGAAAAUACUGUGAGAACUAUCGUGAGUCACCUUAUAUGAACACUGUCUAUAGCAAAAGAAAAUAAAAAUAAAAAUGUAUACACCUUUAAUUUUAUAGGAAAUUAACGCUUUAUGAAUUUAACACUAAUUCAAAAAAUCGCGUUUAUUUUUAGUCGAGCGUAAAUUUCCGGGACCUUAAUUUUCAUUAUUUUGGCCCCAAAUUCUCGGUAUACUCUCGACAUUCUUGACACUUGAGAAAGAGGAGUAUUUUAUUAGGGAGAAUAUUCGCCAGAAGUAUCAGUCGGAAAGUGUGAAAGACCCUCCAGGAGGCCAGUUUUCAAUUCUUCACCGAAACCUUACGUUUAGGAUAAGUGAAAGGAACGAUGUUUGCAUUUCGGUUUACAUGUCUAAAUUUGCUUUGGUUGUCUCAACACUCUUUUGUGUUCGUCGCAUUAAUUUUCUUCAUUUUCAAAAUGUUACCCUCUCUUUAAAGCAAAAAUUAACGAUAUAAAAGAAACUUGACGUAUCGAUGGCUUCAUGUCACCAUUAUCAAAAGAUAAGAAAUUAUCAUGAUUCGUGGUAAUAUUUAUAUUUACUUUAUUCAGUGUAAUUUGUCCCUUUUUACGCUUAAAUUUACAUGCACUUUUCGCACUUUCUUUUUCUAAAACUAUUACCACGAAUCAUGAUAAUUUCUUAUCUUUUGAUAAUGAUGACAUGAAGCCAUCGAACGUCAAGUUUCUUUUGUAUCUUUAAUUCUUGUUUUAAAAUGUAGCUGAAUCGAUCCUCGUUUAAGGCUCUCUUUUGCGUUAAUUUCCUAUAAUUGAAAGUAUUUUAUUCUUCAAGUUGCGUAAAUUUAUGAGUCGCGUUAAUUUUAAAUACCGUUAUUAACACAAGCGUUCAUUUCCAAAAAUGAGGCAGAUAUAAACUACUACCAAGUAGCUUUUUUUGAGGGUCUUAGCAAUGUUUGAUUUUUCAUCUUACGGUAGUUCUAACAAUUGCACAGUUUGGUAACAAAGAUAUACAAAAUGGCCUGAAACUAACUUUUUGUUUUAUUCUACAUUUUUAUGUCAGAACAAUUGCAGACCAUCUCAGUUUGUGAAAAUGAGGUAAAGGAGAUACGUUGCACGAGUGGAGAAAAAAUACGAGUUAUGUUCGCUAAUUUUGGAAGGUUAAAUAACCACACAUGUCCCCACGACAUGUACGAUUAUCAAAGCAAGACUGAUUGCCGUGCCCAGACCUCUCUCGAAAGAGUGCAGGACAAAUGUCAGGAUAACACCCACUGUAAACUGAAAUCUACAACAACAUUCUUCAAUGUGGAUCCCUGCUUUGGAAUUUUUAAAUAUUUGCUGGUGAAAUACAAGUGUGACUGAUUCAAAAAUAAAUUAAGUGAAUCAGUGUUAACUAUCUCCUUUUAGCAAAAUCCAGCUAGUGGUCUAUUAAAAAUGCUGCGUUCUGAUUGGUUGAGCUACUACUAGGCUAUAUGUUAUAGCCCACUAGAAGCGAAAAGCGCCGGCUUUCUGGCAGCAAAAAAGGAUCAAAGUCGACCUUUAACUAGCUAAAGUUGUUUCGUCUCGAUAUUUUUGACCAACUAGUUGGAUUUUACUAAAACAAUAAUUCCUCUCGCCCUCGUGGCCUCUGAGUCAAUAGCCCAUUCGGCCUUCGGCCUCAUGGGCUAUUGACUCAUAGCCCGUUUUAUAUUCGGGCUCGAGGAAUAAUUGCUAAUUAGCCCGAAGGGAUAGAAUCGGUCUUUACAGACAUUGAGUUCCGAUCAAGAAAUACCAAUCGAGCAGUGGUUUCUCCUGGCUGGACCGGCUACGCUACGAUGGGAGUCAAAAGGGAGAGAAACUACUACGAGAGACCGUUUGCUUUUCCAUCGAGCAGGCGCGUCCACUGACGCCUCCUAUUUCGUAGGAAACAUUCCGUGGCGGUAACGAGAACGUCAAAGAAAAAAUUUUGAUAGGCAAAACAAAAACUUUGCACGUGCAUCACAAUCACCCCUUUUUGUAUCUUUCUUUUUUGUUUUUCCACGACUUCGAUGUGGGAAUGCCUAAUUUUGCGUUUUAUAGAGAAUGUAAACAUGCAACGAAAUUUCUCUUCCUUAACUUAGAAAUGGUCCCCAGGAAUUCAACUCCAGUUAUAGGUUCACCUAAAUAUGUCGAAGUAAGUGGGUAAAGAGGGCAAAUUAACAGCAGGCUCGCGUUAACGCAGCAGUUAUAAGCGUUUGCGAGAGCCUUAACUUGUUUUCAAACAGGUUUUACCAGUACAAAGUUGAUUUAUUCGUCCAUGGCGCUGUACGGCGGCUCGAUCAUGAAGCAAACGGUCACUCACGGUGGUUUCUCUCCCUUCGUAGCGUAGAAUAACUACGUAGAAUAACCACUACUCGCAGAAUAGCUUUUGAGGCACCCUUCGCAAAAAAGUUGAAUAAUUUCGAAACCAUUUUAAAAGCCAAGAGACGACCACAAAUUUAUAUUGUUAAAAUUUCGCAUAAUUUUAAAUACGUACCUCGACAUUGCGUUGCGGAUAGAUUCAAUGACUCCGUCCUCGAACAAUUUGGAAAUUCCUUCCAACCAACCAUAAUUAUUUUGGCUGUUUUGUUCUGAGUUUUGAACAAAACACGCUGUUCAAGAGCAAAGGUAACAAUACACCGGGUUAAGCUGUGAAAAAAAAAACACUCUCGCCACGUGAUCUACUAAUUCUCACGCUUCACGCCUUAAUUUUUAACUCAUUACAAAACAACAUGAUAAAGCAAAAACCAGCUCCCACUUGUACCAAACUUGUACCACGACAUGCUUGUAGUUCUUCGGUUGCGGACAAAGAACACAAAAUAUAACUGGCGGAGUUACUAUGAAUGACAUCCUCGUCUGUGCCUUUGGCAUUUCACACAUUUUACUUUUUUUUUUUCGUUUUAACGUAAGCUAGCGUAGAAAGCGUGUUAGUAAAUAUCGAUAAAUAACUGAGCGACUUAAACUUACUAACCCGUCUUGAGUGGCCUCUUAAAAUAAUUAAAGAGAUCAGCCGUCUCUUGAAGAAAACAGAAACUUGUGUAUCUUCCUAUUCCUACUCUUUUAUUUUACACAGUCUCCUGCAUAAAAAGGUACCCCUUAGUAGGCUGGCAGUAUAGCACAUAGUAGCUAAGGUAGACUAAAGUAAUGCCUCCGCCCCCCACCCAGGAGCUGAGCGCAGAUAGAGGUGGAGUGACAAACGGCAUGACUGAUACAUAAGAAGUACGUGAGGUGUUCAAGUCGUUCAGUUUGAAAGAACACGAUCGAGUGCAUCACAUAUUGAUAAUAAAGUAAAAAAUAAAGUAGAAUUAACUACAUGUUUUGAGAAGCUAUAGCACUAUAGAGUGUAGCUCAUGACUAGAUAAGAAAGACAGCAUAAAAAACAGCAAAUAAUAAUCAAAAAUUUCUAACGUGGCUUUUCCAUGCAAAUAUGAAGCAAAUGCCAAUCAAUGAUAAUUAUAAUGAUGAUGAUAGUAAUAAUAAUAACAAUAAUAAUAAUAAUAAUAAUAAUAGUGUUUAUUUACUACCCCUAUAACUGAAAAAUGUGAAAAGGAGAUAAAAGAAGUUAUCCCUUUCUAGUUUAUCUCUUAAACUGCAAUUUUAAAGGGAUGCAAGAUUGUAGGUAAGGAGCCACUGAGAGCGCAGGCGUGUAUGCAAGAGGAACCGUGACACAUGUACGUUCACAAAAGCAGCAUUAACUGUUAAGAACGUUUAGGUAUGCGCUAAGCUGGUUUGACGUACGGCACGGCUUUUAAGUCUUUUAAAUUAGGCAAGAACUGCACGUAUCUAUAUCCAGGAAUCAGCAGUUUUCUAGCGUCAUUUCCUACUGAUAUCCAUUGAUAAAUGUGACUCUGCGAAAAGCGUCCUUCAUUUGAACAGUCUGUUUAACCGGUUCCGGGCGGUAAUAUGGAAUUUUUCAACAUAUUCGUGGCCUUCUUAAUGGUAUUCAGUGGCUGUGUUUGCCUCAGAGCACAGAGUGACACGGUAACUUUGUUAUCAUAUCGUUGUUAAUAACUUUAAUAGUUUCUAAAUAGGUAGCUUUCUAUUUAAUAUGUGAGAACUAAUUCCUUGGAUAAAGUAUUUCACAGAAAACCUGACAAUGAAUCUGUCAGACUUUUUAUGACGUGCAUGAAAACGUUUAUUUGUUCAGUAUUGUUCAUGAAAACGGCGGUUUUUUUAUUGUAGCGUUGGUAUCUAAGUUAAACUUUUGUUGGAUAAGAAUCGAUGGGUCGUAGAGGGUAGGAUGAGGGGUAAGAAAGACGGUAGGCCCAUGCAGUUAAUCUAAGCUUUGCACUUUGUAUUCCCUACUUGCACAGCAGUUUCCCUUCAUCAGUCGAGUGCGCGGAAAUCUUAUCGGCUAGAGAAAGUUAGGGAUUUGGGUUAAAAAGCGGAAGAAACAAGAGCGGAAAAAUAUUAACAUCAGUAACUGUAUCAACUCGGGGAAGAGUCCUGGGGGGACACCCAAGGGAAGUUUCCGUAGAGGUGUGCCGCCGAGGCCUUUAAACCCCGACCCCGUUUAAGAUAAAAAUCGCUCAUUUCGCUAAGCUGUUUAAGACAAGAGACCCUACUUUCUGACCCUGAUUUGUUUGGUUUUGCAUACAGAAUUGAGUAAUUUUUCACACUAAAAUCGUGGAAAUAGAUGUUUAGGAAAAAAAUUAUUGGUACUGCAAAUGUAGACCGCUCAUCGCAAGUCUUCACACUCUUUGAAAGGCUUUGAGUCCAAAAAGACACCCUGUUCAAGACGCUUAAUAGUGAAAUUGUAUACCCUGUUUAAGACUCAAGACCUUGAAAAGCAUACCCUGUUCAGCAGCACAUACCCGUAUAGCCCAAACAAGGGAGUGCCAAACCCGGGGGAAGAGUAAACCGAAAAUCUAAUUCCGCAAGUGACUGCUUGGGAUCAAAGAACAAGGUGAAAUUGUGUAGUUCCAAAUAAUAUCCAUACCCUCCCCACGGAGGGCAACGGAAUUCCAAGUGGAAGAGGGGUCCAAAAGGAGGCAGCUCUGAGCGGGUGGGGGGAGGGGGGCUAACUUUUUGAGAUUUUUUUUUUCCGGGGGUAAGAUUUAUUGGGGAGUUAUUGCUCUUCGUCAGUGGCUCACUGUUAAUUAUUAGUUAAAAAGGAACUCUACAGAGCAAAAUUGAGUUUAUUAGACCAUCUAUUAACAUGAAUAAUUUUUUUUUUCACUUUAUCUCCGAAACAAUUACAUUUUGCAAGAUGGUAUAGUGAAACAGCUUUUUGGAUGGAAAUAUUCUUUCCAGGGGAUUCCCAACCAAGAUGGAAAAUCACAGAAAUUCCAGGGUGUAAGGGGGUAUGACAAGCACCACCUGGAAAGGAAAUUUGAAGAGGGUAGGGGGUCUAAAGCAAAAGUGCCCUCCGUUGGCGGGGGGAGGAGUAUGGAUAUUUUCUGGAACUACACAUUUAGUAUUGAUGUAGGCGCAUGAUCAAAACCUGUAAAAUUAUCCAACCGAAAUGGAAUAUCUCUUGAAUUUGGAACUAUAGCAUGUUUGCAUGUUUUCCAUCUGAAAAGCAAUGGUUAUAAUAAUAUUAUAAGUUAUUCUAACUAAAAAUUUUAUAUGUUGACGAAGCUCUACCAAUCCUCUGAGCCCCAAGAUUCACAUACAAAUUCUCCAGGCUGAUCUCCAUACAUUUCUUUUAAGAAUAGUUGAGAGAAUCAACGCAUUCUCCCUUUGGUAAUCAAUUUAGUAAUUCUCAUAAACUUUACUCUUGAUGAUCUGCUGAUGUUGUUAGGAGAAAAUUGAUGUUGGUCACCCUCGGGACCUAACAAGUUAAUGGUCAUACUCUCUGUAAGGACAUUUCUCUUGGAUGGUUCCAAGGAUACUAGCCUUUAUACAAUUGUAACCCGUUUGAUUCGGACACCUCUGUAAUGCUGAAAGACACUGAGCUAUACUGGAGUCUGUCCUUUUGGUGUCUGUAUUGAGGAGGUUUCAUUUAACUCAUAUGAUAAGAUUUGCAUUCUGAUCAUUAAUUUGUAUUUUUCAGAAAAGCUGUGCUCCCAUUAACAUCAAUGUUUAUGGUAACGGGGGGACUAAGGUGAGCUUUUUCAACAAGAGGAUUUAUUUUUUAAAAAAAGAGUUGGUAUAAGUGAGUAAGAUGUUUUUUAAAUCAUCUUUGAAUGUAUUAUGUUUGGGAGAAGAUUACUGAUCAAGGGCAGCUGAGAACACUGUUUCCACCCGGUAGCGAGAAUUAUUAAGGCUUCAGUUUGUGAUAUCCACUUCAGCCUUCUGCUUGGGGAGAUUUAAUGCAACUUCAGCCUUGACAAUUCCUGUUGUCAUGUUCAACCUUAUCCAAUAAUUGUAAAAUAAAUUAUAAAUAGAAUGAAUUAUGAAAGGGAUGAUAAGAUGGUGGCCAUUUUUCGUGAUCUUGCAGAUCCUUAGUAGUGCCUAGUCCCAAAACUAUUUAUUAGUGGUGUAACGAUUAAUCGAAUUCUCGAUUAAUCGCGAUUAUGACUGUUCGGUUCGAUUCACGAUUCUUUGCUUCGACGUUUCGUUUUUGGUUCGAUUUUUGCACACACGAAAAAAAGACCGAUACACAUACCUGCCUCAUACUGCUUGACUGUUCGAGGAUUUGUGCUAGUUUGGCAUUUUUUAAGUCCCAAACAGUACUUUUCGUCUCUGUUUCUUCUUUUUUCCUUUAUCUUACUUGCAAAAAGUUUUUCCAAAACGUUUUCCAACAUCUUCACCAGCUCAUUUUGCAAAACAGCGAGUCUCUCGAAGUGAUGACACACAAUUCCAACUGCUGUGAAGUUUUCUGGCAGUUUAGGCAUUCUUAAGUUGUCAAGAACCCUUUUUGUCUCCGUUUUUCCAUCUUUCUUCUCUGUAAAUGGCUCCUGCUAAACUUUUUUCGAGGCCUUCCCGAGACGUCAUCUAUGUCAUCUAUUCCAAUAAACAAAUAGAUUCCAUGUUGGCGUGCGUCUAUUCAGUCUGUUCAGUAAUAGAUCAGUGAUGACGUCAAAAUGUGGUAAAAACAAAGAAGUGGCACACGAGCCGCAGGCGAGUGUGUCACUGAUGUUUUGACCUCCUUUUUGACGUCUUUUGUGAUGCUGAACAGACCCACGGCAACAUGGAAUCUAUUUGUUUUAUACAAUGAUCGGAAAAGAAAAAAGACCGACACACAUACCUGCCUCGUACCGCUUGACUGUUCGAGGAUCGGUGCUAGUUUAGGCAAUUUUUCCCAAACGCUGCUUUUCGUCUGUGCUUCUUCUUUUUUCGUCAUCUUAAUUACAUACAGUUUCCUCGAAGAGUUUUUCAAAGUCUUCUCUUGCUCAACACAUGGCGAAAACAUUUUGCAAAACAGAGAGUCCCUCGUGGCGACGACACACGAUGCACGAUGGCAACUGUUGCGAAAUUUUCAUUAACUAUUUAUUCUGAAGAAAAGUGAAGAAGCCUUUUAAUUCCAUCUCAAUUUUCAUAAAUUUUACAAACUAGAAAAUUAAGCUUUUUGUUGACGCUUUAAAUAAUCCGAAAUAAUAUCACAAACACUUUUCAAAACCGCCGUUAUUUAACGGGUAACUAUUUCCAUACAUUACCUAAACGCUGCUUUUCGUCUCGUGAUUUUUCUUCUUUUUCGUCAUAUCCAUUUCAGACGCGUUUUCUAGAAGAGUUUUUAAAAAUUCUGGAUCACGGCCUUUAUCUUGGCGAAAAAUUUUGCUGAAAAGAAGAUUUAUUUGAUGGUCGAACGAAAUAUCUUUUUAAAAAAACGAGGGCUAUUUCAAUUUACGAACUUUCUAGGACGGGUUUUGGCCCAUUUCUAGAUGUAGUGAAGAUCAGUUUUAGGGCCAUCUAGAACGGGGUAUUUUGGCCCAUUUCUAGAAUAUCAAUUUUGCUUUUUUUUUUUUUAGAACGGGUGACAAUUUGGAGUCUUAAUCCGAAAUACCCACCCAAACGAAACACUUUUCAAAACCGCGCGCCAUGUUGAACAAAACCAAGAACACAAAUUUCCCGUGACGUCAUCCAUGUGUCUUGUACUCUGAUAGAUCAUGGGCAACGACCAAUCACAGCGCGUAGCACUCACAUCAUGGUAUAAGUCUCCCUCUUGUACCCUGGUGAGGGGAUAAACUCAAUUUGACAAGGGAACGUAACAAAGCAGGCAAAAUAAAAUUUGAUUGACUAUGCGCUUUGAUGCCUGUCUUGUUUUUAUAAGCCCGAUUCCCAGAAGCCAUCUGCACACAUCGAAGGACCCACUGCGAAGCUUUUCAAAUACGAUCCUUCUAGUGGUGAGUUAUGUUGCACUUAAGACUUGAAUGAGUCAGUAUUAUAUAAGUCCUACAAAUAAUUAACGACUAUAUUUAUUAGAUGUGGUUUUUGUGAAAUCCAGAAUGAUCAAGGUCUCGUUGACUGUGAUCACGGAUAAAGCAAAAACUGAAGCUGCUUGCGUUGAAGAAAAUAAUGACCAACACACUGACGUUGCGUGCGCAACGUUCAGAUAUUUGUCAGUUGUCUGCUAGCACUCCAGAUAAUAGCAGAUUUACCUGGACGCGAGUCAGUAAAGUGUGUCAGCAAUAUAAGUCUUAUCGGGAUGUUUCAGAUUUACGGUUGUCAAAGAGAUUCUCUACAUUUUCUUCAAAACAUGACAGAUUUAAUGUUUACCCAUAAUUUGGGCGAGAGAUGUGUCUUCCUUGAGUGGUAGUUUGAGUUAAUGGUUAGUUAUAGCUGAUAGCAAUGAAUUCCACUCUUACAACAUAAGAAAUUCCCAGGCCUACCGUCUACCGUAUUGUCGUACAAACACUAAGAAAAGUCUCGGCCUUUUUUCAAGGGCGUAAGUUUUAUAAUUCACUUGACAACGAGGUCAUCAACUCUCAAUCCUUUUCCUCUUUUAAGAAAAAACUGAAGAUUAAAUGUUUUGAGUAAAUAUGAAAACAGUUCAUAAAACUUUCCAUCUUCGACUUUUCGCCAUCUUUUCUAUUGAUGUUAAACAGCUCUAACCCGUAGUUCCAGGAGGCCUAACCUUUCAUAAGCUCCAAUAGUUUCUGUUAGGUCUCCUCGCCACUUCCUUUCUUUCUCUCUUUCCUUUAUUUUUUGCAAUUAUUGUGUGGCAAAUAAAAUAAUUAAAAUAAAUAAAUAAUAGCACAUAAAAGCACCAAAAAAGACGUCGUAACUAGCCUAUGGACUGGCUCUUAUUGUAUUUUUCCUUAUAAUCAACAGAUAUAACAACCUGGACAUCUACAGCGCCAAAUGCACACGUGACAGGAGGCAUGACCUACAACAACGGCAGACUAACUAUCCCCUCCAAUGGCUUCUACUAUGUGUAUGCCCAGGUGUACUUUCAUGGCGUUGCAAACAAGUACAAACGAAUUUUUGUCUUUCGAAAUGGUAACCCCAUAUUAUUAGCUCAGCCUGCACGGUUUAAUAGUGUGACCGGAACAGGAUAUACCGGGGGUGUGUUCAGGCUUAACGCUGGUGACGUCAUUUCCGUUAGAGUGAAGGACGCACAAACUGGGAUUCACAUGGAUCCUGCUCACAGCUUUUUUGGAGCUUACAUGAUUUAA